UUUUUCCGCUGCCGGUAGACUGAACGUGAGGUACCAAGAAGAAGAAGAAAAAGCAGAAGUGUCUAUAACGUCGAAACAAUCACAGAUAGACCUUUUUAUGACAACGAGUUACAGCGGAGAAAAAUAAUAAAAUCAUCGUGUACAAGAUCUGUCGAAGCCAAUCCACUCCAGCAGGUGACCGACAAUGGCUGUGAACGUGUACUCAACCUCAGUGACCAGUGACAACUUAAGUCGUCAUGACAUGUUGGUCUGGAUCAAUGAGUCUCUACAGAUGAACCUCACGAAGAUAGAAAUGUUGUGUUCAGGUGCUGCCUACUGCCAGUUCAUGGACAUGCUGUUCCCCGGCUCUGUGCCUCUGAAGAAAGUUAAAUUUGGUGCCAAGCUGGAGCAUGAAUACAUCCACAACUUCAAGCUUCUGCAGGUUUCCUUCAAAAAGAUGGGGGUCGACAAAAUAAUUCCAGUAGACAAACUGGUGAAGGGGAAGUUCCAGGACAACUUUGAGUUUGUUCAGUGGUUUAAGAAGUUCUUUGAUGCCAACUACGAUGGGAAGGAGUACGACCCGGAGGAGGCGAGGCGCGGCCAGGAUGCCAUGCCCAUACCCAACACUGCCACAUCAGCUCUCGCCAAAACCCCUAAAAAGGCCCUCAAUCAAGCUCCUCAGAGGCCACCUGUUGCCAAGGUAGCACCCAAGUUGGCUCAUGUCAGCGCCAGAAAGCCAGGGAUGGGAGGAGGCGAUGAGGAGAGGGCGGAGCUCUUAAAUGAGAUGGAGAUCCUGAAAUCAACCAUUCAGGACAUGGAGAAGGAGAGAGACUUUUAUUUUGGAAAGCUGCGAAACAUUGAGCUGAUUUGCCAGGAGAAGGAAGGAGAGGGCGACCCCACACUGCAGAGGAUCAUCGACAUCCUUUACGCCACAGACGAGGGUUUUGUGAUACCUGAUGCUGAGGAGCAGGAGGAGUUUUAAUAUUCAAGACUGCAAGCAACUUUUCACUUAGAUGCUCUGGUCUACACCUCGAGAUCCUUCCUCAAGCCAAGACAGCCAGUUUGGUUUUAUAUCCAACACCAAACCUGAUCUUGACUUGUGCCCCCCCUCCCACCCCAAACCCUAAACCCCAACCUGCUGGAUUUCUUCCUCCUGCCAUACAGCUCCUUCUUCCCUGAAACAUCUUUUUACCAAUAAUCAACAAAGCCUUGGUCACUGCCUCCUCUUCCUCCAGUCCCCCCCUACCCUCACCUGUAAUCCCAUCCUUCCCAAAACCAGAUCAUGCAGUACAUAUCUGGUUUUUGUAAUGGACUUGAGUGUGAAAUACACGGUGAUGUUCUCUGUGUGCGUGUGUGAGUGUGUAUACGUAUGUGCGUGUGUGGUUGUAUGUGUUUAAAAAAAAUCAAUUUGAAACAAAUCAAACGUGAAGAACCUCCUCUGAAGACCCGGCUGUCAGGUCACCAAUCACUUUGUCCCAAACUAACCCAGAUCGUUUGAUGGCGCUGUAGCCGCUUUGUGCCUCUGCUGUUGACACUGAGUUUUAAUUAUUUGGAGAAAGAUGCAUGCACAGAAGAAAAAGAAAAUACACAUUCCCAACUUGAACACUUGGUUUUGCAUCAAUUUGAACCAAACCUGAGGCGUAUCUUGUAUUAUUUUUCCUAGCUGGUCCCUAUUUUACUUAUACUAACAGUGAGUUGACUUCAUGGAGCCAGCAGGUCUUCAGAAACAUCAUUUACCAGUUUGAUGUAGCCGAUAUGUUUCUAAGUAAGUUUAAAUAAGUAAAGAGCAACCUGUGGGCUGCACACGUUGACACUGAAGGGCUCAGGGUUUAGUCUGGGACGAGGCAGCAGCCGGGUCUUCUCUUGGCCAUUUUUCCACCAAGGACACCAUCCUGAUUUUGUCCUGUUGAGCUUCAGAUGAGUUUUGUAAAUGUAUGCUACUGUUUUAUCACAUUUCCCCCUCACUCCAUUUAUUUCAUUUUUUGUUUGUUUUUUCUGUUGUAUGGUUUUGGGGCACCUGUCUGUCAUGCUCUCAACUUUAUACAUUUGUUUUCAAUUGAGGUUGAGUUUUUUUUUUUCCUCACACUCACUAAACGAUCACUGUUGGAAAGAUUUACAUCGAUAGAGAAAAGGGGUUUCUGAUUUAGAGAGCGGUUGCUGUUCAUGUAGCAGAUCUUCUUGCUUCCACUUCUCCCAUGCUCCCUCUCCACCGCGGUGUUCAGGCUUCUUAAAUGUGCAAUCCUCAAGUCCAGGGAAGUGGCUUCCUCUCUGAGUGUAAGACGGCAGCCUUUUGAUCAACACGCCAACUUUAAGUAAAAAAUGCAACAACAAAAAAAGUUAGACUGCACGAUCAACAGAUUUUGUAUUUUUGGUCUUUUUGGAGAACCUGCGUUCAGGCACGUGCACUGUUUCAUACUAGAGGCCUUCCCUCAGGCUGCAGCCAACACAAAUAAUUCCUUAUGGGAGAUUCACAGCAGCCACAUCACAAACACUGUGAGCUCCGACUGUGGCUGAACAGUGCGUUCACUCCAUGUAGCCGACCACAGUCGAGACCAUCGUCUGAUCUCUGCCUGGCUGAGUCGUGGAAGUUGCUCAUGUGCUUCUCUCAGGCUUCGUCUUCAUCAGUGAAACCUCUGCUCUUAUUUCUAAUGUUGGAUUUAGUUUUUCCACAAGACGUGGGAUCAAUGAGUUGCCACGCUGAGGACAGAUUUCUUUCUGGGAAUGCUAGACAGGUGUCUUUUUCCUCCUUUUACCUAUUUCCACUUCCUGACUGACCAAUUUUAAUACUAAUAUUGUAUAUUGUGGAUCUGAUUUGAGACCAGUGUUUCCACUGUAAAGAUGUCAUAUCUGACAUAUUUGUACCUAAUUUGAAACAACACAAUGUUGAUUCCACACAAACCGAUAACUGUUAACAGCAAUUUGUUAUUGGAAUAUAGAACUUUAUCAAUGGCCUUAUUCAGAGCAUUUUUCUUUUCAUAAGAAGACAUUUUUCUUAACUUUUUUUUUUUUUACUUUAAUGUAAGUCUGCUGUUUUGGGCAAAUGUUUGUACUGUUAGUCAUAUUUUUAAUGUGUUCUGAAAAUAAACAACAUUGGAGGUA